UGCUGGACCGAGUCUUUUCUAAACUUGAAGAUACAGCAGGUUGAUUGGCACUUAAUUUUAACCGAUCGAAGCACUAUAAAGAUCCAAAUUACGAGGCAAACGAUGAAUUGGGCUCUCAAAUCAAGUCAAACAUACCCGCUCAGCGUCGACUCCGCCUUAUAACGUAAGCCGUAAAGCGUCUGGCAUCAGAUUCCGGUAGGUCACAACCAUGGCUAGCAGCCAACUUGAGCGUAAGCAUGACAAGGACACCUCCGGCCAGAACCCAAAUGAGAAACUUGGGGACGUGAUGUCUCAUUCGUUUGGCGAGGGGUAUGCCACCAGAUCGGAUGACGAAGGAUUUGGAGGGAUAUAUGGAGGGAACCAGUCUUUUUCACAGUCACACACCGAGCAGAACAAGCAUAUCCAUGAAAAUCACCCUGCUUAUGACAAGACGCAGGGAAGCGAAGUGAAGGAGAAGGAAAAGGCACGACACCAGACCAGCGCAAAGUCGUAGACGUACAAGAGAUAUAUAUAUAUAUAGAGAGAGAGAGAGAGAGAGAGAGAGA